GUUAAUCUUAAAGAGCAAGUCAUCCCCUACCAGAGUCUUACUCCACUCCCACUUCCUGUUUGAAAAAUGCAACAAAUGCUGUUGCCUAGCAGACUGAGAGGGUGGAGUCACAAACAAAUACACACACACACAGGCUCACAGCAACAUUGUGACAUCAUGCUGUACCAGCUAACCUCAUGUAUCACUUAGCCAAUAGCGAUGGCAGAUUUAAAUUCAAAUGCAGUGCAGAGUUUUUACCUGAAGAUGGCACAACACUGACAGUGUUAUACAGAACAUUUUAAUUAGAACUAAAAUGCCAGAUUAUUUACUAAGCGUGUCUACAGCACGAUUAGACACUCAUUUGUAUAGUUUAUCAGCAAAAGAAGUUGAUUUGGGGGCGACUUGCUCUUUAAGAUUAUUGGCUGAGUUUGGACUGAAGUAUGUGUUGAGGAGGGUGACAUUUUACAACUAGCAUACCAAAUGUUAACUCAGAAUCUGUAAAAUAUGUAAAAAUAUUGUGGUCUCCAUCUUGAAUUGGGUUGACUCAAAAAGUAAUUAGUUGAAGGAGUGGAAACUAUGACUAAUUAAAAAACAAUCGAAUAUUUCAUGGAUUCAUUUUAAUCAAUAUGUUUAGACAACUCUUUUCAGCUUACGAGGACUGUUAGUGAUCUAAAAAUUGUAGUUGUCUUGAUUUCUAAGUUCCAGAGAACAAGCGCGAGCAACUGCUUUUCCAAACUCCAUUUCCCAUGUGGCAUUGCGAGGUUUCUGUUUCUAGGUGUCUCGUAGCAGCUUUGAGCCCAGACAGCCGGCGGCAGCGGGACCACUGUUUUUCCGCGAGUCUUUACAAGAUAAUUCGCGACCGAGUAUUCAUAUUAAUUGGUAGUGAGGCUGAAAACAGUGGAGGAAACAACCCGGACCCUUGCUCAGAGAUAUGAGCGGCAGCGGGCGGCCCAGGACCAGCUCGUUUGCUGAGCCGCCAGGUAUUCCAGGAGCCGUAGCAGCGCCCGCCGGAUCAGCCGCUGCCGUGGGGAGCAGCACAGGAAAGUCCGGGGUCCCGCAGGCCUCCGGCAGCAGCUCGUCAGGAUGCUCGAACCUCAAGCUUACCAGAGACAGCGGGAAGGUGACGACUGUUGUAGCUACACCGGGUCAGGGACCGGACCGCCCACAGGAAGUCUCCUACAGCGACAUCAAGGUUAUUGGUAACGGGUCAUUUGGGGUUGUGUACCAGGCCCGGCUCAUCGACACUCAGGAGAUGGUGGCCAUCAAAAAGGUUCUGCAGGAUAAAAGGUUUAAGAAUCGGGAACUGCAGAUCAUGAGGAAACUGGACCACUGCAACAUCGUACGGCUGCGUUACUUCUUCUACUCCAGCGGAGAGAAGAAGGAUGAAGUGUACCUGAACCUGGUGCUGGACUUUGUCCCUGAGACGGUCUACAGGGUAGCCAGACAUUUUAACAAGGCCAAGAGCAUCAUUCCUGUCAUCUAUGUGAAGGUGUACAUGUACCAGCUGUUCCGCAGUCUGGCUUACAUUCAUUCCCAGGGCGUGUGUCACCGAGACAUCAAGCCCCAGAACCUGCUCGUUGACCCAGAAACCGCCAUCCUGAAGCUGUGUGACUUCGGCAGCGCCAAACAGCUGGUCCGCGGUGAGCCCAACGUGUCGUAUAUCUGCUCUCGGUAUUAUCGCGCCCCUGAGCUCAUUUUCGGUGCCACAGACUACACGGCAAACAUCGACAUCUGGUCAGCCGGCUGCGUUCUGGCUGAGCUGCUCCUCGGCCAGCCCAUAUUCCCCGGUGACAGCGGUGUCGACCAGCUAGUAGAGAUCAUCAAGGUUUUGGGAACUCCGACGAGGGAACAAAUACGAGAGAUGAAUCCAAACUACACAGAGUUCAAGUUCCCACAGAUCAAAGCUCAUCCAUGGACCAAGGUGUUUAAACCUCGGACCCCGCCUGAGGCCAUCGCCCUCUGCUCACGGCUGCUGGAGUACACGCCUGUCUCACGCCUUUCGCCGUUGGAGGCCUGCGCUCACGCCUUUUUCGACGAGCUUCGCCAGCCGAACACGCGACUGCCCAGCGGACGAGAUCUGCCGAUGCUCUUCAACUUCAGCACCACAGAGCUCUCCAUCCAACCUCAGCUGAACUCAAUACUCAUCCCUCUUCACGCUCGAUCACACGCUUCCGUCCACGAUGGCACCGUCUCAGAUUCAUCCCAACAUAGUUCAGUAUCUGGAUCUCUCAGCAGCAUCUGAAGUUCUCUGUGCUCCUGCAAGCUCGACCUCCACACACACACACACACACACACACACACACACACACACACACACACACACACACACACACACACACACACACACACACACACACACACACACACACACACACACACACACACACACACACACACACACACACACACACACACACAGCUUUCUUUCAUGCUGCUUGCUGUCCUGUUAAUCUGUGUGUAGGGUCAAACCUGUCGGGGUGGGAGUGUUGGCGCACUGGGAGGAACGGGGCUGGUCCUCUGAUGUAACUUUUAAUCUGAAGUUUGUAUUUAUUUAUUUGUCUCUAAUGGAAAUAAUCAUGUGAUCACAACGUUGUCCCUUCUUUAAUUUUCACCCUAGAUAUUAUAAUUAUUUUUAUUCGUUGGUGUUAAAAGACAGACGCUGCCUGGCCAGAACCUCGGCUCAGUUCUGUUGAAUAAACUCGGAUCAGUUUUCCUGCUGCUGAUCCGUCACAGCUUUAUUGACGCGGGUGGAGAUAAUCCGCUGCCAGCUAAUCUGUGAAUCCAGAACCCACUCAGUCUCCCACGGAGUCGAUGGGUCAAAGAACCAAACGUUCCUCUGAUCAGCCCACUGGUCCCAAACUCACCCGGAUAAACGGAUCUGCUCUUUAAACGAUGCCCACAGAGGGGCUGGAACAAAGGCUGACAGAUGGCCGUCCUCCUCGUGAUCAGGCGGCCGCGAACAUGUAGGCUCAGAGCAUCAGAGGGAAAACUCAGCAGGACUUUGUUUUGGAAUGAAGGUAAAACUCCCCAAAAUAAAAAAAAUAUAUUAAUUUGAUCAUUUUUAACUUAAAUUCACCGUUAAUCAGCUGUUCACUGUGGAAAAAGUGCUUUUUCCUCCAUGUUUUCCCGUGCUUUUAGGGAGUUUCUGAACAUUUUCCUCAAGUCUGUUUUAAAGUUUGGACCGAAACAAAAACCGUUUAGUGUCAUUUCUCUCCUCCGUUGUUGUUUUUUAAACCAGAGCAGAAUAAAUCCGACGGCUGAGCGCCGCAGACGGACUUGGGUCGGUGUUUAUUUACGGACACGAGCUGAAACAGUCGCUUGUAUAAAUGUAGACCUUCUAAAUCAGUGUUAGCACUUUUCUACACCUGGAAUCCGUGUUUGGAGGCGGAGUUUGAGCGAGGAGCUGACAUCAGGGGGUGCGGUACCUGCAACGUGCCGGCGUCUCCGAUUUCAUUUUACUGUUAGUGUUUCAGGACAGGAUCAGGAGCCUGUUGAAGGUUAUGUUCGGAGCGCAGAGAAUGUAUUUGUGUGUGUGUGUGUGUGUGUGUGUGUGUGUGUGUGUGUGUGUGUGUUUUAGGGUUCCUGGCAGCCAAUAAUCCCGACGUUAGUCAGCGGUACACUUGAAGGUUUGUGGUAGAUUUGUUACGUUUCCUCCACCUGCUGUCUUUAGUCGUCAAACCUUUUUUUUAUCUGACCUCUGAUAUUUUAUUACGAGGAACUUCUCUGCAUCAAUCCGCCUCCUGGUUUCUGACCCUCGAGGUUACUGCCGCCCACGUUUUGCUUUCCUCACAGCGUCGAGUCCAAUCCGAGGGAUAGGUCGUCUCCACGGGGUUCCGUGGCGUUCACGCUCAGAGCCGUCAGACUUCCUGUAGCAAUGAAACGGCGUGAAAAUAAAGGAAAUCCCGCAGAGAGGAACCGCUCUGGGCUGAUUCUCAGAAGUCGUUUUUUCUUAUGGCACAUGUAAAUAUCACUGAUUUUUAUUUUCCUCCCGUUUGUGUUUUCUUACAGAGUUUCUACCUGAGCUCCAUCCCUCUGUCGGUGAAACACGUCUUAGUUUGUGCAUUUUUAUAAAUAAGUUUCUUUUUUCACAUGUCAAAAUGUAAAUACUGGAAAAAAAAAGAAAAAAGCCACUCUUCAUGUUUGUGGGUGAGCUCUCUCUCUCUCUCUCUCUCUCGUUAAAACUGUGAAGCUGGGCGAGUUUCCUCCUUCCUGUCGGUCCUCCGUAGACCUGAAACGUUCCGUCUGUACGUGACCGACUAGACCAGGACACGUCUGUGUUUGGGAUUUUUACUCGGUUGAGUGUUUAUUUGUACUGAAGGGAAUCGUCUCCCUGCUCUUCCUGUACGAACAGACUUUUUCUGAACUUUCAGUUGUUUUAACGCAAAAGAAAAAUCUGGUUCCCUGUCAGGUGAGACAGGACAGACGUUUAACCCCUUGGAUCAAGUUAACAGAAUCCUUUAUUUUUUAAUUACGCUUCCAGCACAACUACAUGGGUUGGCUGAAUUACCCACAAUGCAAAACAACCUUAAUCUGAUAUUUGAACCACAGAUUGAGUUGGAGUGUCUGAGCUUCUCUCUUAUAACAGCAGUUUUCUGACCCGUCUCACUGGAGCUAGCGGUUCAAUAAGCUACAACCAAACGCAAACAUUUCACUUUUCUCCCUUUCAGAGUGUUUUUGUUUCUUUUAACUAUUUCUGUUCAGUAUUGAGAGAAAAGUCUUCAGUCCGUAAACCCGUAAAUGUUCUGUCCUGGAGAAGUGACGCGUCGGGGGGGAGGGAGGGAGAGAGAGAAAACACAAACCUGUCUCUGUUCUGUGUACUUAUAUUUACUGUAAUAAAGUGGUGAAACUGUG